AAAUGAUAAAUUAACAACAAAAGAACGAUGUCCACAGGUUUCAAACAACAAUACCCCAUCAUUGAGGUACUUUACAGAUGCUUUCUUCAAACACCCAUACCAGCCACUUUUAUAUGGAAAACCAAGAUUGAAGAAGGGAUAUCUGACAAUAGGAAUACCAUCUGUACAACGAAUGAACACAGAAAGACUGUAUCUAUUUGAUACACUAGACUCUAUACUCGAAAAGAUGCCUGAGGUUGAACAUCACCAGACAACAAUAGUGGUCAUGGUCUCUGAUGCCAACAAAACAUAUAAUAAUGAAUUAUCCACAAGUGUGUAUGAAAGAUAUAAAGCGUUUUGUGAUCAUGGAAUGAUCCAUGUUAUAAACACGAUUGAUUGUAUAUAUCCUGAUUUAGACAAUGUUAAACAAACAUUUAACGAUUCUCAGUCGAGACUGAAAUGGCAAGCGAAACAAAAUAAAGACUUUGCAUUUAUGAUUCUAUACAGCAGAAAUUUAUCUGAGUUUUAUAUUCAGCUGGAGGAUGACGUCAUCGUGGCGACAGAUUUUAUACAAGAUAUUCGAAAUGUUAUCGCGAGUACAUCCCAGACUUGGUUUCUUUUAGAAUUUUCUCGUUUAGGUUUCAUAGGCAAAUUAUUCCGGUCUUCUGAUUUGGAAUUCGUUUCUAUGUUCCUACUAAAACAUUAUGAUCUUGCUCCGUGCGAUUUUCUUCUAGGGGCAAUGAGGCAUAAAAGAGGACAAAAGAAACCUUUCCAUGCAAAUUAUAGUCUGUUUCAACACAUUGGGAGAUUUUCAUCUUUAAAGAACAAAUUAAUGCCAGUUUUGGACAAUACUUAUAAAGACGGACUAGAACUUGACUUGUAUUUAGAUAUGCCCACAGGAGAUAAUCCGCCAGCGAAAAUUAAAACGUCAUUGAUAACCUACCGGGGACAUAUCCCUAAACAUGCAUAUGACAAUGAUAAUGCCACAUAUUUUUGGGCCAAGACAGCGAGUAAAGACGACCACUUUACAUUGAAUUUUGAAAAGCCUCAUAAUUUUUCUAGAAUUAUAAUUGCUACCGGAGCAGUUGAAACGAGAAAAGAUUCUUUCUACCAUUCGUCUUUAUUAUAUUCUGAAUCAACCUCUUCGGAAGCCUUUGAUAAUAAAAGUUCUUGCGCCAGUAAAUUUUUUAAUCUUGUAGAUUUGGUUUAUGGUGAAAUUGACACCAAAGCGACAGGAACAGUUAUUCCAAAUAAUAUAAAAUGCCUGAGACUUUUGGCGACGAAAGGUAUCAAAAACUGGAUCAUAAUUAGAGAUAUUCAAUUAUUUGUAAAACAAUAAAUUACUUAUGAUCUUGCUUUUUGAUUUAAUGUUCAUAUGAUUUGUGCUACAUCAAUAUGACAAUAUAUUUAGUACAGUCUGUAAUUCAUCGGCAUUUUCUGCUAGUAAAACAGUUUUAUCUGCAUACAAAAGAAAGCAAACUUUAUCAACACCAAAUGUUGUGUUUGCUUGUUUUGGGUUUAAGCCGUUUUUCGACAGUAUUUCAGUUACAGUUAACCUAACCAGUGUUUCUGGAUUCUGUACCAGUACAAACCUGUUUUCCGCAAGUAACUGACAACUUCCCCACAUGAAUCAGAAAUCGAGGACGAAUAAUUUCAGACACAAUGUCUUUAUCAAAACGUUACGGAGAACAUGCUCCUCUCCCGAGGACUGAACUCACGAUCUCGCGUUCCAUAGACCAGUGCUCUCCUUUUUGAGCUAAGCGGGCGGGCUCCCAUUACCAAGAGUAAUUCAUAUGUCAAAACUUUUAAGGUAUACAAUAAGGUCAUUAAGACAGAUUUCAAAGCAAAGGUGACAAGAUACAGCCCUGACUAAGACCCAACUUUACUUCAAGAAAGUCAGUACAAAAAGUAUUUAUUCUUCCACAAGACGAGACAGAUGAAUAAAGGGAUCUAACAGCUUUCAAAAUUUUACCACAUAUACCAGAAUCAUACAUCCUAUUCCAUAUCUUGUCUCUGUUUAAACAUCAUAUGCUUUACUGAAAUCAA